AUGCUAAUCACGCAACUAAACGCGUGGUUCAUGGAUGACGGGACACUAGGAGGCCGCCCACAAGAAGUGCUUUGCAAUUUUGAGCUCCUCAUUGCGGAAGCGGAAAAAAUCGGUUUGUCUGUGAACCUUUCAAAAUGUGAACUUUUUAUCUGCGGUGGAUCAGAUGUUCAACGGGAAUCCACAGCUGCUAUUUUCCAGACGAAAUUCCCCAGUUUGUCGGUGGUGUCUAAAGAGAAGCUGAGCCUCCUGGGAUCACCUCUGUUGCCGACCGGAGUAGCACCUGUGAUUAAAAAAAGAGUGGAGGAAGUGAAGAACAUGUGUGAACGACUAGUGCUAAUCCCGAAACACCAAGCACUAUUUUUGUUGAAAAACUGCCUUGGUGUUCCAAAAAUCGUCCACUUACUUCGCACCUCUCUGGCGUGGCAGUUUUCGGAUGAAUUAUACACCCUGGACCAAACUUUCCGCGCCGCUGUGGAGAAGAUCACCAACGUCAGAAUGGAUCAUCCAACGUGGUUGCAGACAUCGUUACCAGUUCGACUGGGUGGUUUAGGGAUUCGACGCACCGAGGAGCUAGCUCCCUCCGCCUACUUGGCAUCGGCUUCCUCUGUGCGCUCGCUUAUCUCUAAAUUAUGCCCUUUUCUACCACCGACCGACACAACUUCCGCAACUUUGGCUUGGAAGUUGCUUACCGGCUUGAAUGAUGUGCCAGCUGAACCCCUCCACGGCAUCCAAAAAGCCUGGGACACUCCUGCGUCCUUGCGUGCACUUUCUGACCUUUCAGCACUCCGUGUCUCUGCCACAGAAGUCGCACACUUGAAGGCGGUGUCAACACCAGAAUCGGGUUAUUGGAUUCACGCAUUGCCGGCUGCUUGCCUAGGUAAUCUGCUGGAAAAUAUCGAUUUUCAGACCAGCGUCGCUCUACGUUUAGGUGCUCCUAUUGUAACUCCCCAUGAAUGUAAAUGCGGCGAAUGGGUAGACGAGUUCGGGAGACAUGGACUGCGGUGCAAACGAUCAGCCGGACGACUACCCAGACAUGAUGGCAUCAGCAAGGAGUUCGCUCGCGCGUUAACGACGGGUGGUUUCCCUGCCAGAGUGGAGCCGAAAGGAUUGGCCUUAGUAGGUAACAAAAGACCGGAUGUAGUUACGCUUGUCCCUGGGAACGUGGUAAACCACUCGCAAUAG